GUCGCGAUAUCGCAGUGUUUAAGACAAUUUGUUUAACAAAUACAUUGAAAUUGUUGGCAAUUAAGCAUUGCCAUAAAAGAAAUAAAAAGGGACUUGAGAGCAAUAAAUCGUACACGAGCCAAGCCAGCUGGGCCCAAACGAACGACACAACAUAAAAAAAUCUAAAUAUAAAAAUAGCAAAGAACAAUAAAAUAGCAAUAAUGUCGCCUUUUAUGGAAAAAACGCUGCUGUUGUUAGGCGUGCUGUGCUGCAUACAAGUAUCCACUGCCCUUAUGUGCUAUGACUGCAACAGCGAGUACGAUCCACGUUGCGGAGAUCCCUUCGAGCCCUACUCCAUCGGCGAGGUUAAUUGCAGCAAACAGGAACCGCUGGAGCAUCUCAAGGACAAAUAUAAGCCAACGCUAUGCCGCAAAACUGUGCAGAAGAUAUAUGGAAAGACCCGCAUUGUGCGCGGCUGUGGAUAUAUACCAGAUGAACGAAUCGAUGGGGAGUGCGUCAAGCGUUCGGGCACCCACGAUGUGGCUGCCAUAUAUUGUGCCUGCACCGGAGAGCUGUGCAACGGCGCCUCCACCACCUCGACGCAACUGGUGCUGCCCUAUGUUCUGGCUGCCGGCUUUACGCUGCUCAUCACAAGGCAGGGAAGGUUGUUCGACAGCAUAGGAUUCGGGAGCUCAUAAAUAUGUGUUCGAAUGCUGCAGUUGAGCUCCUCGUGUUCGAAAUUGCGUUAUGUUUUUAAUUUUCAGCUUAUCGACUCAUUGGUUUUAGCUGAUUUUAGUUGGUCAACAAGUUUUGUAGGCAUAUUAAUUAAAUAAAAAAGAAUUGCAAACAUA